GUUUGUUUUAUUAAACUAUUUGUCGUUUCCUGUGCAUCUCGCACUUUGUUUGCAUCAGUAGAGCAUUGUUCAUUCACAUCCAUUUUAGGAAUAAACAAAAGGUUAUAGAAUAAUCUAUGUUUUUAUGCUUAUCUUAUAGCUGAAGCCUCCAGGAAUAUAAAGAAGGGAUCCAGGUUAGUCAUUUGAAUUCCACAUUGCUAUUAACAAUUAAAUGAUCUUCCUCUCCUUUCUUUCAUGACCAUUCUGUUCCCAUUUGCGAAGCUUGUAAUUCACUGACAAAAUCAUGAUGGCAUGAGAGCUGAUGCAGUCUAUUAUGUUCUCGAUUGAACAUAAAUCUAUUCACUUCCUGUUUGUGCUUGUAACCCCGUGGAGGAUGUACACCCAGAAGACAUAUAGCCACGAAAUGAUUAGGUCGAACGACGAACUGACUAGCGGUGACAACUUUGAGCUCAACAAUCUUCACUCUCGAGUACUCAGUGCGCCACAGCCUUGGAAUGCUGGAAUCUCUGCCCAGCCACCAACCAUGGGCUUAUGCUUGCGGUCCGAGAACUUUGGACCUGCUAAAUCAUCGAGUACUACAAUGUUGAGCUGUUUCGAAUCACCGGCUUCUGCUUUCUAUGCAGCCGAGCACUGCAUGGGAUUUCAACAGCGUGGAUGUGAUGUUAGCACUUCAUCUGAUUGCUCACAACCGUCUAAAGCAUGUGAUACUGAAUUCCCUCUAUACCGAUCUUCCAGGGAGAGUUUCACAAUCAAUUUUCGAGAUCAGUCAGACCCCUUUAUUGAGUUGAAAGAGCAAGCAAUUGCAAAGUCUCCUUGCAGCAAUGAGUAUGAUAGAGCUGCUGAGAAAUGCUAUAAAUUCGAAUACACCAAUUCGCAGCAGAGCAAGGUUCUUGCUCAUAGACAAGACAAAUUGCUCAGGGACAACGCAGCCUCCAUCUGGAGGUGUCUCUCGAGUCCCUCCACUGCGAAAAGGGACCAAAAGGUCUCUUGCAGUUCAUCAGGUCAUCUGCUGUCACAACUCAGCUUCUCUUCUCAGUUGGAAAAACAGCCUUCAAAUUUUCCUUCUGCAAAUGCCUCGCCAACAGUAUCCGUUCUCUCAAAUAAAAUGAGAAUUAGGUGGACUCAAGAUUUGCACGAGAAGUUCGUUGAGUGUGUAAAUUGCCUCGGGGGUGCUGAAAAGGCAACUCCGAAGGCUAUCUUGAAGCUGAUGGAUUCAGAUGGAUUAACAAUUUUUCACAUUAAAAGUCAUUUGCAGAAGUAUCGAAUUGCAAAAUACAUGCCAGAUUCUGCAGAAGGAAGGACUGCUAGAAGAACUAACUCAAAUGAAGUUCCCCAGAUCGAUAUCAAAAAUCUGCAAAUAAGAGAGGCGUUACAACUGCAAUUGGAUGUGCAAAGGCAUCUUCAUGAACAACUUGAGAUUCAGCGGACUUUGCAGUUGCGAAUUGAAGAGCAAGGGAGACAACUGAGGAUGAUGUUUGAUCAGCAACAAAAGUCAAGCAAUUGUCCCUCCAAGAGUGAAAGUAUGAAUAGUCUCGAAGAUGUUCAUUUCUCAGCGACAGAAGGUCUUCAAAAUACUCAUAAUACUCAUUUCCCAUCCAAAAUAAGUUAGCUGCCCAAUAGCGCAAUUUCUUGGUCUACCAUUCACUACAGUCCCAGUCUCUUCCGGCCGGGGAAGAAAGGAAAAAGUGAAUCAGAAGCUGCUAAACAGCAUGAUAAAGAAAAAAUUAUGUCAAUGUGGAGGAAUAAGGAAGAUGAAGGGACUCAUUCCUUCUGCUGAUACUAUCUGCGCAACCAAUUGCUAUGGCAAAGAAAACAAUGGUUGUCAAGACUGAAUAGCUGUUCUUGGCCUACUGCAGUGUACCCACUAUAAAUUGAAUGUAACAGGAAAUGCUUUAUCUUAAUUUGGAGCUCUGUAAGGCCAAAGAAUUAUCUCAUAUGUGUUGAUUUAGGGAAGUGUGUUUCUCUGUGUAUAGUGUCUCAAAAUUUAUAUCCAAAAGGUGGGAUCUUACUAAGAA